AUGUGUGGCAUCUCAGCCAUCUUUGCCUUGCAGGAUGGCGCGGAGAAUAGAUCGGGGCAAACGCCUCACGAUCAGUUGGCUGCCCCCGGAAACAACCACAGCAGGGAGCAGCUCGAGCAGCAGAUGCAAGCGAGUCUAAAGCAAAUCAAGCACCGAGGUCCUGAUCACAGUGGUGUUUGGAUUAGCGAGGAUAGCAAAGCUGUUCUUGGCCACAGCCGCCUCGCGAUUAACGACCUGAGCAGCAGUGGGAACCAGCCUUUUCACAGUCCGGAUGGCAGUGUACAUGCAGUGGUCAAUGGAGAGCUCUACGAUUUCGAGGAACUGAAACGCAACCUCUUGGACACCACCGGAUACCAUUUCACCAGCAACAGCGACUCUGAGGUAGUCGUUGCACUGUAUCAGGCGUAUGGCCGUGACUUCGUCCAACACCUGCGAGGGGAGUUUGCUAUAUGUUUGUAUGAUGAGUCAAAUGAUCUGUUCAUCGCAGCCCGGGAUCGCUAUGGCAUCAAACCUCUCUUCUGGACAGUCUCGAAGCAACGACUGCUCGUCGGCGCUGAGAUCAAAGCAUUCAUUCCCCUUGACUGGCAGGCAGAGUGGGACGUAAAGAGCAUCAUCGAAGCAGGCUGGAACUUUGACGAUCGCACGCUGUUCAAGGGUGUCAAGAAAGUCCGACCUGGCUACUAUUUGACCUGCGAUUCUUUCGGCACCAUCAAGCACCACCAGUACUGGGACAUGGAGUUUCCGGAAAAGACAGUGCCAGAUCCUCGCAGCGAACAAGAGCUCAUCCAGAGCGUGCGUGACCGGCUGGUGGAAGCGGUCCGCAUUCGUCUCCGAGCUGAUGUGCCCGUCGGUGUCUACCUCAGUGGCGGGAUCGACUCCUCGGUCAUCGCGGGGAUAGUCACACAUCUGGUGAAGGAGCAGAGUCUAACCAUGGGUAGCCUUCCACCGACAGAUCGAGUCAGCUGCUUCUCUGUUGCAUUCGAGAAGUCGAGCGGGUUUGACGAGUCAGACGUCGCCGAACGGUCGUCUGAAUUCCUCGGCGUCAAGCAGUACAAGCAGAUCAUGGACGAAGAAGCAUUUGCCUCCCGCUUCGAAGAAGCCACAUGGCACUGUGAGCACCACGUCCCGGACCUCAACUAUAUCGGCAAAUUUGCGCUCUCUGAGCUGCCACAAAAGCAUGGCUUCAAAGUCGUGCUUACCGGAGAGGGAGCGGACGAGACCAUGACUGGGUACGGAGUAUACCUUCCCGAUGUCGUCAGAGAGCCAGACCUCACUUGGCCUGGCGCAAUGCCAGAAGAUGAAAGGAAGCGAGUCUUCGCCACCUCGGAAGAGCAGACGAAGGAGUACUACCGCUCCAUCGGUGCCGAGUUCAGAAUGUCGGAAGGCCAGCGGAAAUUGAACAACAUCAGCACUCUUGCCUCCAUGGCUGCCUUCAUACCGGACGUCUUUGACCCAAGCACAGCAGCUCUCCAUGCCCAGGACCCACAAAAUGUAAUCGCGAACGACGUUAGCUCGCCUGUCUUGGAGAAGAUGCAGGAGAAGUGGCAUCCGAUCAAUACAGCACUGUAUGUCUGGACGAAAGGUCACCUGCCCAACCAGUUCAUGUCGGCCCUGGGUGAUCGCACGGAAAUGGCACAUUCGAUUGAAGGUCGUACACCGUUCCUGGAUCACCAUCUGACGGAGUACGUCAACACCAUACCACCCAGUUUGAAGAUGCGAUGGAAAGGCGGGGACGAGUUCACGUCCAAGUGGAUUCUGCGGGAAGCUUGCAAAGAGUUCGUGACGCCGGAAAUAUAUGAGAGGGCUAAACACCCAUACUCCGCUCCGACAUCAUACGAAACAGAUGGCCCACUCCACAAGUUGCUGGGUACCCUCAUCACAGAAGAGAACGUGCGUCAGCUUGGUUUUGUGUCAUGGGAUGUGGCGAGUACACUGCUUGAACGGGCCUUCGUACAAAAAGAGGCUCUGGCGGCACGGUUAGCAUUCGUGGUUGCACAGUGGGUUGUUCUUGCAAGACGAUUUGGCAUUAAGACGGCCAAGAUAUGA